AUACCCUGCACUACUCACUUGAGACUUAUCUCGUGGUGCACCCAGCAUGGUACUAGGUCCCCCUCGGUGGACUAAAGCUGCCUUUGCUCACUGCCUUGACUGUUUCUCACCCAUAUGGUUAGCUAUAACAUUAACUACCUCCUACUCUAGUUAAGCUUCUCCAUCUCAUGUCUGGCUUGUUCUGAUGGCUAUAGUUAUUACCCUCUCACAACUUUUCUGGGGAUGCAAGUACUUUUUUCUCUUUCCUACUUGCAUAAAUGAAAAUAUUUUCAUAACAGACUCCUUACUGUAUUAUUAAGUAUUAUGAUAAAGGGGUAGUCGCUGGUAGAAAGACAAACGUUCAGUUUUCUGAACUCACGUGAAGUUGUCUGCAGGAAGAAACUUUUCACAACUUCAAGAAGCCACAGCAACGUGUAUGCCCUUCCGCCGGCGACUUCUGUUGCUGCAGGUAGAAAGGCAUUUUGGAGCAGUUAGUCGCCUACGAUAGCAGAGAUCUAUCACGUGCAACUAAUUCAAUCCGUGGACCAUCUACCUAAGACAUCCUCGAGGGGCCAUAAAAGUGAUAGCAGACAAGGGAUUGAGAAGAGCUGACCAUGUUAGUUCUAAAAUGUCUGCGAAACUGAUUCAGUAAGAACCUUCCUAAUUGCAAGAGCAUCUCAGCACUGCCAUGCCGAAUUGUACACCACCUCGGAGAGAGUGUGCCUUCUGUCAUCUGAGGGAGCAGAAUGAGGAGACUGGCCGCUUGUUAAAAACCCGUGAUAAUCAUGUAACAGCCCAUUUUAACUGUAUGAUUUUUUCACCUAAUGCAAUAACCACAAAUGAUAAGGAGUUUGGUGGCUUUGAUAUUGCUUCUGUGAAAAAAGAAGUCAAACGUGGAAAAAGGAUGAGAUGCAGCUUCUGUAAAAAAACUGGAGCAACUAUUGGCUGUGAUGUACCACGGUGCAAGAAAACCUAUCAUUAUAUGUGUGCAAAGAGAGAUCUUGGGUUAAUUAUUGAAAAUGAAAAAGAAGAAAAAUAUUUAAUUUACUGUGCUGACCAUAAAAAUGCGGCACUAGACACCGUUCCAACUUCAUCUGAGGAAGAAUUAGAUGAUCGUUCUUCAGCUGGACAUAGUGGGAGAGAUCCAUCUGAGUCCCCUCUUGCUAGACACCAAGUCUAUAAGGAUCUCCUUACAGCCAUUCUGGCUGACCAGCAGAACUCAGACAUGGAGUCACAUGAAUAUGGUCAGGAGGUUGUGCACUACCUGUCUGUCAUCUCAGCCUCUCAGCAGAAAACUGAGGCACAUCUCAGGCGCAUAGGCGAUGCCCUGUGGCAAUUGGUUACUAGAGGUCAUUCAUUUAUACAGGCUGAUGUGUCUCACAGGGAUGGGGUCACACAGACAGAACCUGAAAUGCCUAGCACCUCUCUGUCUGGAUCUGGGGGGACACGGCAAUUACGUCGGAGGACUGCUGGAUCAUCUCUGCUGGAACAUCCAGGGACAUCCAAACGUGGGAAAAAAAUGUAAUGUAACAACAAAAAAAAUGUAGUUUUAAAAUCCAGCGAUAAAAAAAAAGGUUAAGUUCUACUUCAUUUUUACAAUAAACAGUUUUAUUGCAAA